AUGGUGCAUAGUUCUUCGGAAAGUGAGACUGCUUCACCUGAAACUGUUGAAGUUGAAGUAGUCAAAGAAGAGGCAAGUUCUUCUGGUAGUGUCUUAAUAUCAUAUGAUGAUCAGUCAAGCAGCUAUCAUAAUGUCAAUGAACUGAAUGGGGCAGAAGCUGAUCUGUUUAAACCUACGACCUGUAAAGGCAACCAAAUUUCUGAUGAGGAUCAAAUGAUCUGGGAAAACACGGGUAGUUUCACCAAGGAAUGUCAAGUUUCUGAAGAGAUCCGGAGCUACAGUUCUGUGAAGAUUGCAGAUGUCAGUCCAAAGGUCCAAAAUUCUAGUGCAUCUGAAUUGAAAAGGUCUGAUGCUUUGUCUGACUCUAGAUUUAAAAACCAAACAAAAUAUGAUGGUAGUAGAUUUAACACAAAGGGUAGGAAAUCACAUGUGGAAGAUGUACAAAUGCUGGCUUUAGGUGGAAGGACCUUCCAAAUUCCUGCUAUGUUGGAGAACAGUAUUUUCCCUGAAGAAUCCCAGCAGAAAAAUAAUGUGGAUAAUACUGUAUCUGAAAACAAUGAAACAGCGGUUGAGAGUUACAACCUGGACUCACAGUCAAGAAAUGACUUUCAGCUUCAUUGUCAAGACUGUUCUUCGAAAUUGGAUAGUGUGGGAGAUUUCAUGUCCAAGCUAAACGAGAAAGUGCAAGUUGAGGGUGGCUCCGAUAAAAGACGUAAUUGA